CUAAGCUAUUUUUUAAAUAAGAUUAUUUAAAUAAAAUAAAGCUUAUUUUAAUAAGCUUUAGCAAACGAAAAGCGAGCUUUCAAUAUUGUAAGUUACUGUUUGUUUGCAAAUGAAGAAAAACGACUUUCGAUUCAGAUGCUUAAGAACCGAUUCGUCGGAGUCCGUUAAAAGAAUCGUUCACAACAAAUGAUUCGUUCGUGAAUCGACCCUCAGUAAAUCAGCGCCGGAGUUUGCGGGCAGGUAAUAAACCGAAACCAGUGAUCCGGCUCAGUCCGCGGCUCGUGCGGGGAGAGCUACCGGUGAACACAUGGAGCCGCGCGCGCUGCCCGAACACCUUCUUCACUUCUGAAGAUCAGAGAGAGAGGAGAUGCCAGGAUGAUUCCAGUUAAUGAGUUCCGGAACAUCGCCUCGGAGCACAACCCCAAGUUCCGGGUUCUGAAGCCUUGGUGGGACGUCUUGUCUGAGUACCUGUGCAUAGCCAUGCUAAUGAUGGGAGUGUUCGGGUGCACUGUUCAGCUGACUCAGGAAAAGAUCGCCUGCCUCCCUGACCGCAUUAGUGAAACAUCAGACGAAAACAUGGAUUGCAAUCAUCUUCUACAGCUCAGAGAGAAUGACAGCAUGUGGGAGCACGCCAUCACCAAGCAGAUUGCCCCCAACGUUGUGGAGGUCUUCGGCCGCAAGAAUGACCUGGACAUCCACCAGUACAUUUUCAUCAACAGCAUCUGCUAUGAACGGGCUGUGCACUGGUACGCCAAGUACUUUCCCUACCUGGUUGUUAUACAUACCAUGAUCUUUAUGGUGGCUAGCAACUUUUGGUUCAAGUUUCCUGGUACAUCAUCCAAGAUUGAGCUGUUUGUGACAGUCCUGGGGAAGUGUUUUGACUCACCCUGGACUACACGAGCGAUAAGUGAGGUGUCUGAGGAGAGAGAGGACGAGCGGAUAGUCGUGUGGAGAAAGAACACCAAUGCGAGACCAUCAGCUGUGGAAAGCCCUGAUGGGGAAGACGAAUCAAGAGCUUUUAUCCGGUCCACAUCUGUGGUGUCUGACACAGAAAAGGAUGAGUCCGAGCAGGCUACGUCCGUCCUGGACAAGAAGGAAGGUGAGCAGGCCAAAGCUUUGUUUGAGAAGGUGAAGAAGUUUCGGACACAUGUAGAGGAGGCAGAUGUCCUUUACCUCAUGUAUGUUCUCCAGACAUCACUCAAGGUCUUCAAAUUUGCAGCUAUCACCAUUUACAAUGUCAUCUUGGUGCCAAACAUUGAGAUUGUGGUCACUUGCAUAGUCCCGCCUGAUCUGACUGGUUUUAGCUUGUUCUGCUGCAAUAACAAUAAAGCCCACCUCUUCUCCAAACUGGCCUACUGUUACAUCUCAUUUGUUGGGGUGUAUGGACUUCUUUGUAUCUAUUCCCUCUACUGGCUGUUCCAUCGGCCACUAAAGGAGUACUCUUUCGAACAAGUGCGUCUGGAGACCGGGAUCAAUGAUAUCCCAGACGUCAAAAAUGACUUCGCAUUUCUUCUUCACCUCAGUGACCAAUAUGACCCCCUAUAUGCUAAACGCUUUGCUGUCUUUCUUUCUGAGGUAAGCGAGAGCAGGUUGGGCCAGGUGACCCUCAAUCAUGAGUGGCCUGUCAAGAAACUUCGUGGACGUCUCUAUAAGAACACAAGUGACCGCUUAGAACUGCACUUGUUCAUGCUUCCAGGGCUACCGGAUACUGUGUUUGAACUUCCGGAAGUAGAAUCUCUGAAACUGGAACUGAUAAACAAUGUCCUGAUCCCUGGAACUAUUACCCAACUUACAGCCUUGCAGGAACUUUGCCUCAUCCACUGUCCCGUCAAACUUCAGCUGGCAGCUCUCACUCACUUACGAGAAACAUUGAAAGUCCUCCGUAUCAACUUUGAAAACUUGGAGCAGGUACCAGUAUGGAUGUGCACCUUGCAGAACCUGGAGGAACUCCAUAUAAGUGGUCCACUGUCCAGUGAGCUGUCCCGCAACACAUAUCUAUUCACAUUACGUGAGCUGAAGAACCUCAGAGUGUUGACCUUGCGCAGCAAACUGACCAAAAUCCCAUCUGCAGUGGCAGACUUGGCAGGCCAGCUGCUGAGCCUGUGCGUGCAUAAUGAGGGCAGCCGACUGCAAGCCUUCAGCAGCCUAAAGAAGUUAGUGAACCUAACCAGUCUGGAACUGACCUCCUGCCAACUGGAGCGCCUGCCCAGUGCUGUCUUUAGCCUGAGCAACCUUCAAGAACUGGACUUGAAGGAGAACAGGCUGAACACAGUGGAGGAGAUCCUGAGUCUGCAGCACUGCCGGCGACUGAGCACGCUUAAACUUUGGCACAACUCCAUCACUUUCAUCCCUGAGCAAAUUAGCAAACUGCGCUCCCUGGAAACACUGGACCUGAGCUGGAACAAAAUCCGGAAUCUGCCUCCGCGGCUUUGCUACUGCACCAAACUCCGGCAUCUUGACAUCUCUCACAACCAGCUAACAUCUCUGCCCCCUGAAAUUGGGAUCCUGCAGAGCCUCUGGCACUUUUCUGCAGCAUACAACUCCCUGGAAGCUCUACCAGAUGAGCUGUUCUCCUGUAAAAGGCUGAGGACGCUGGCGCUGGGCAAUAAUAGUAUUGCCUUUUUAUCCCCAAGAGUUGGGAACUUGGCUCAUUUGAUCAAUCUGGAGCUGAAAGGGAACCGGUUGGAGUCGUUGCCUGUGGAAAUAGGAGACUGUGGUUUGCUGAAAUUGACUGGGUUGAUCGUGGAGGGCAGCCUGCUUGACUCAUUGCCUUCUGAGGUCAAACGGAGUAUGAGUGAAAGAUGAUUCAUAUACAGUAUGUGACCUUUGUGUUUAAAACUCACCAGUCUGUUGAAUGUAGCUUACCUUACUACAGAGGUUCUGAAGCAAAGACAUAAUUGACUUGAUUACAUUGACUUAAACACUGGGCUGGUUUUGGAAUGCAUUGUAAGAUGGUAGAGUAGUUAGAAUGAAUGUGUUUAACUCAUUUAACAUGUUUUUAAAGAUCUCUGCUUAGGAAAGAACCAAAAUCUGAAAAGUCCCGAAUUGCACUGCAAUCAAAUCACAAUGCCAGUCCUCUCUAGAACACUGAGCUUCGAGAUGAGCAAUCAUCAUUAUUGAAUGAUAUUCAUUUUUAUUUAUUGCAUGAAGUGCCUUAGGUCUGAAAACUUUUGUACCUUAAUUGCAAUAAAGGAUGUAUUAUCAGUGUA